ACCGACCCCUCCCCCAACGGCCUGCGCUGUUAUGGCUGCCCCGAGAGCGGGCCCUGCCCCCCGACCACCGUCGUCCAUUGCUACGGCGACCUCCGCGCCUGUUUCCACGGCAACGUCACCCUGCGCGCAGGUAACCUCACCUUGUGGCGGGAGCUGCGGGGCUGCGUCCCCGAUGGCGGCUGCGGCCCGGAUCGGCGCGGCGACGACGCGGCCUCGCUCGGCGGCUCCUGUUGCCGCGGCGACCUCUGCAACGACAACAUGGCCGACAAGAGCUUCUUCUCGCCCGACCUGCCCCGCCUGGAGCUGCUGCCGCACGGCCACGCCCCCACGGCCGCGCCCGAGAACGCCACGGCGGAUGGCGGCGGGCAAAAUGGCACCCGCGGCAAGAUGGCCGCCGGUGGUGGUGGUGGCGGUGCCAAAAUGGCCGCCGGUGACCGCACGGCUGGUGGUGAUGCCGGAACGGCCGCGCCCGAGCGCGCUGUGGCCACCAGCGGCAAGAGGGCUGCGGGUGGCAAGAUGGCUGCCGGGGGGAAGAUGGCUGCCGGGGACAAGAUGGCUGCCGGGGACAAGAUGGCUGAUGGGGAAAAGACGGGUGACGGAGACAAGAUGGCCGCCGGUGGCAAGAUGGUCACCCGGGACAAGACGGCUGACGGAGACAAGAUGGCUGACGGAAACAAGAUGGCUGACGGGGACAAAAUGGCUGCCGGUGACAAGAUGGCUGACGGAGACAAGAUGGCUGACGGAGACAAUAUGGCCGCCGGUCACGUGGCCCCCAGGCGGCCAAUGGGGCGCAAGGACGGGAUCAAGGGCCCGGUGGGGCGGGGCAAAUCUCUGGGCGGGCCCGGGUGGCUCCUCCCCUUCCUGCUGUUGCCCCUCCUCCGCUGAGGGCGGGGCUUGUUUCGCAAUAAAUGGGUGUGGCUUAA